UUAAUAAAAUAGAAAACUCUCAGAAAUAUGGAGAUUCUUGAUAAAGAGCCUCUUAAUGUCGGUUUGUACCUCCUAGAAAAUUAUGAAAAGAUCGAUAAUAGAGAACUCCGGCUUCAGAAGCAAACCCGCAUCGCAAAGAUUAUUCAAAACAGAAAAGGCCAGAUAGACUAUCUUGAAUCAAAGGCACGGGCAUUACAACAAAAAAACACUGAAAUGGAAACCACUAAGAAUUCAAUGAUGAACCUACCUGAUUUUGUUGAGAGGAAACUCACUGGACUUCAGUUUGGCAUUCGGAAAAUGCUGUUGAAAAAGAAGAAAAAGAUACUUCAAGGUGAGUUAGAAAAUUCUAAGAAAAGCGAUCAAUAAGUUCAUCCAGAUGA